AUGGAAAUCAUCGAAGAGGACGCUUCUUCUUCCUCAUCUUCAUCUCAAACUGAGAUUGGCGAAACAAUCUCACCUCCAUCGAUCAAGAAACGGAAAGCCGGGAGAAAGAAAUUCAAAGAGACAAGACACCCGAUCUAUAGAGGUGUCCGGGUAAGAAACGGGUCCAAAUGGGUGUGCGAAGUUCGUGAACCCAACAAGAAAUCAAGAAUAUGGUUGGGUACAUUUCCAACCGCUGAAAUGGCAGCUAGAGCUUACGAUUCUGCAACCCUAGCCUUACGUGGUGAUGCCUCACCACUCAACUUUCCUGACUCCGCUCAUCUGAUUAAACGAGCCAAAUCAUCUUCUGCCCAUGAUAUUCGAGAGGCUGCUCUUGAAGCAGCUCUUGCCUUUAGGCCGGAAGGUUAUGAACAUAGGUCAUCUAGGUCGCCUGUGUCUUUUCAGAUUGAAAAGGUGGCGGUGGAGGUGCCAGAGAUGGAUUUCGUCGAUGAAGAGCUUUUGUUUAAUGAGCCAAGUUAUUACAAUAACCUUGCCGAGGGAUUGGUUAUUACACCACCAGCAAUGAAACACGGGUUUAAUUGGGGUGGUGACUUUGAUUGGCCUUGCGAUUUUGAUUCGGAUAUGGACUUGACUCUCUGGAGGUAUUAA